CAAAAUAUUCCUUAUUGAAGUUAUUUAUAUUGUGUUUUGCUUUGUAAUUUAUUAUAUUUAUCAGGAAUUAGUCUAAAAGAACUACAGUAGUUUCUUUUCGUCUCCAAAUGUUUUGUUUAGCAAACAACACUUUUUGGAGCUUUUUCCUCUUCGCAAUCCUUCUUCCUAUCUCUCUGUCUUUUUAUCUUGCCGACUCCAACCCGAUUUUAGCAUUUAACAGUCAAGUCAGAGAGGGGCAUCUUUACACAGAAAAUCACAGACGAGGGAUGUACCUGCAGAUCAGCCAGGAUGGGAGCGUGUCCGGAAGUGACGUUCAGACUCCUUACAGCGUGCUGCAGUUGCAGUCGGUGCAACCGGGCCGCAUCGCCAUUAAAGGUCAGAGGUCGUCUCUGUUUCUGUGCGCCGACAGCGGGGGCUCUCUGAGGGGACAGACACACUUCUCGGAGGACGACUGCACCUUCCGAGAGCUCCUGCUGGCAGACGGAUACACGCGCUUCCUUUCCCCGCUCCACGGAUUUCCCGUGUCGCUGCCGUCCAGGCGUUCCCCGGAUCGACACGCCGUCCCCUUCACCCGAUUCCUGCCACUCAAGGAUACCCUUCCGAGGGAGACCGCACCGGAGCGGGCGCCGAUAAGGGAGACCUACUUCAACCUGGACUCUGCCGACCUUCUUGGAAUGUCUCAGGAUUCCGUGCUCAGUCCUCAGUUCUCAGUGGAAAAGUGAAGAAAAGGAAGUGAAUUGUAUGCAUUCACAGGUGAAUUUUUUUUUUUUUUUUUUACAUUCGCCUGAUUUCAGUGCAGGUGGUGGCUUCAGUUCCCACAUAGUGAUGGUGUGAAUGUGGGUUGUGAAUAGUAGUCUGUCUCCAUAUGUGCCCUGCGACUGACUGGUGACCAGUCCAGGGUGUUUUCAACCAAAGUCAGCUGGAGUAGGCGUCCGUUCCCGGGGACACUGAAUAAGCGGUACAGAAAAUGAAUGGAUAGAUUUAAAAAUGCCAGCUGUUUUAUCAUA